GCCGGCCGCGCCCAGCUCCCCGGCGCCUCCCACAGGAGGCAACGGGGACUGCGGCUGCGGCUGCGCACCGGCGCCGGGAGGCACGGUUGCCAGGGAAACCGGAGGACGCCAGCCUCCCUCGCUGUGAAAGCCCGAGGAGGAGGAGGAGGAGGAGGAAGAGCAAGAACAGCAGCAGCAGCAGCAAUAGCCACAACAGCCCGUUGCAGCGGGGAGGAGGAGAAUGAAGUAGAUCCACUUCGGAAGAACUAAUUUAACCUAGUGCCAUAUCAUCAGAGACUAGAAAGAGUCGGGCACACCACAGUAAGUGGAUUUUAAAUUGAGAAACAGUUGAAAGGCACUGUACAAGAUUUUCAGGAAGAAACUGGACAAAAAUAACUCUACAGCAAUAUCAGAGGGUCACACUAAACUUGUGGAAAGACAGGGCUUGGGGUUUAAUUACCAUGAUGUACGAAGCAAAAGACAGGCAGAAGUUCGUCAGCGAAGCCCAGUGUCUCCGAGACAUGCAGCACAAAAUGGACUCCGAGUACCAGGCUUGCCUAAGACGGCAAGAACACAAAAGAGAACAUGUUGAGAAGAAUCGAGACCAACUUUCCAAACAAGAUUCGAGACCCAGCCUUUGUUCAUCCCACAGUCAUGAGAGACCCUGUAUUUCAGGCAUGCCACCUAGCAGACAGAACACUGUGGGUGAGGUAUCUGUAUGUGAACAGAGAUCAGCUGACAAGCCUUCUGGAACUAAUCCUGAGUCUAAACUCCCGGCUAUAGACCAAAUAUCGGCCAAGAAGAAACAGAAAGCUUCCAUGGGCCCCAAGAAGCAAGAGAAAAUUGUGUGGGGCCCCAUCAAAAUGACUCCAGCGGCCCAGGCCCAGACCCUCUCAAGGAAGAAGCUGAACUUGGGGAGGCUGCCAGCGAGCCCAGGCUUGCAGAGCCAGAGAUGGCCAGAAGAGAGAUGUAAGCCCACCUCCUUGCUGCAGGCUACCCCGCAAGCUGCCGAAGGAUCAGAGCCUGUAAUGCGGCCAGAAGGCACCGGAUGGCCCAGCGAAAGGAGGCACUCUUUAGAGAGAAGACACUUGGCCCAGUCCUCCCAACUCGACAGAGACCAGGAAACCCCAGACCAAAUCAGUAAAGACCGAAAUGCACUUCCACAGGCUCAGCAGCCUUUGGCUCUGCUGACAGCUAUUCGAGGCGCACCAAGCGAGGCCAACGGACAGUGUCUUACAGCUGCUAGGACAGGGCACUCGUGGAGGCCUCCACCCAGGUGUCGAGCUGAAGAGUUUCCUUCAGUUCGGGGCUACCGCUCCGGAGAGAGUGGAGAUCCCGAAAGCGAUAGCCCCAGGCUGGAAGAAGAAUCCCUUCAUUUCCGGUUCCAACAGCCCCCGUCAGCUUUCGUUCCCAAGAACAGCAGGCGGCCGGGGGCGUCGGUAGCUCCGGCGGAAACCCAGCCCUUGGAUGAUGAACUUGGGAGCGGGAGAGCAAAUUCACUAAGAAGGAGUGAUGCCGGUUAUCCCUCAGUAAGACAAAGCAGCUUGAGAGAGGUGGCCCCCGAAGAGGCUACCGGGGGACAAAAUCCGCUUCGCAAUCCCAAAAUAGCCAACGGGGAUUCCGUCGCCGAGUGCCAUGAUGCCACGAGUGAACAGGAGAUGCCCUCAUUCACUUCUCAAGUCACUAAAGCUGACACCAGGCCAGUGAGUUGUUUCAAUGUCACCACUUUCCCUACCACUGGAAGCAGUGGAGAGAGUAGGUCAGCUCAAGAGAGGCCGUCCCACGGAACCUGCCCCAGGACUUAUGACGGCCUUCCUCCGGGGAGACCAGUGGCUCCCAGGCCCUUAUUGAAUCUGGCCCAUAACACACUCAGACCUUUGCCACCUUGCCCACCACGAGGUGAGGUGCCAACGGGUGUAUUCUUACCCUCGACUUCCCUUCAGAUCCUGGAUUCGGACGGCAGUGUGAGGUUUAACACUCGUCGGCCUUUGUCUCCUAUUCGAAGUAGGCUUUCUUCUGCCAGGACAGAAAACCAGGAUGUUUCAGGACUUCUGGCCUCCUCAGUGGAAGAUGAUACCUGCUUCAGGGAAGAACAGGCAGAGAACAGCUUAAGUUCAUCUCCAAGUUUUCCAGUCAUUCCUGAAGAUCCGGUAGCCAGCCCAUCUUCAGGGGCUCCUCCUAGUUGUCCUCCACCAAGGAUGGAUUUUCCAGGCCCCCUACCCCUGGCUGGUUCAGUGCAGGAGGAAGUGCCUAUUGUGUUUACAGUAGCUGGUUUAAAUGCAAAGGAAGCUCCCAAGACUGGCACAGACCCUGGGAACCUGAAGAGACUGCAGGAGAGUCUGCUGGAGGAGAAUUCUGAGGAGGAAGGAGACUCAUGUCGCAUCUGUCUGAUGGCUGAGGGUUCCCCUUCCAACCCACUCCUGGAGCCAUGCGGCUGUGUGGGAAGUCUGCAGUUUGUCCACCGGGAAUGCCUGAAAACGUGGCUGGAAGCCAAGAUAACAGCAGGUGCUGAACUGGGAGCUGUGAAAACCUGUGAAAUGUGUAAACAAGCCUUGAGAGUUGACCCGAGCCACUUCAAUGUGUUGGACUACUAUCGCAAGCAUCAACAAUCUCGGGUGAGACCUCCUGUCCAUUCUUCCUUCUGGGAGGUACAAAAUGAACUGUUGAAUUCUGGCCUGUACCUGUUCCUGCUGCUUCACCUAUGUGAGCAGAGGUUUGCGGAGCUGAUGAGACUGAACUACAGCCAAGCUGCGAGAGAGAGGUUCCCAGGACAUUUCUUACCAUCUAGCCCGGAAGAAAAUGAAAAUUCUGACUCGGGAGACAGUGAGGAAAACAGCAUCUAUCCCGGCCAAAGCCGGAUCGUCUAGCGAGGGAUAUGGAACAAGCAAAUCAGCAACAAGACCUUGCCCCAGUCCCCUUCCUGCGCUUCCCUGUACCCUCCCUGUGCCUUCUUCUCUCCUUUUUAUUGAAACAGAAACCCAUGAGUACCUA